ACUGCAAUUCUCGUUAAGACACACCAACAGUUAAACACUAGUUGAACACAACAAUUGAUGAAAAUUGAAAGCAGGUGAAAAAUGAGCAAAAUAAUUUUUUUGAUAUGUGCUUUACAAGUCCUUGUAACAUUACGAAUUACCUCCGCAGGUCCAUCAAGAACGGCUUCCUACAUUUCUGAUGAUGAAGCUGACGACGACGACAAUCAAUAUCAAUCAUCACAAGAAGACAGUGAAUUCGAAAGUGGUUCAGAUUCCGACAGCGAAAAUGAAAAUGAAGCUAAUGAAGCUGAAGAAGAAAAAGAGCCACCUCACUUCAACUGCAUAAUAAUUGGUGAUCAAGCAUGCAAUGCAACCUGCUCGACAUUAGCUUUUUUGUACAACUCAAGUAGCCAAGGUACCUGUGAUAAGUCUCACAUUUGCCAAUGCACAUUGGAGAAUAAACCUCUCGCCGCAUUAUGGAACGAUAAAUUCCAAAAAAAUAAAACUUCCAGACGUCUGCUACAAAAAAUCACCGAGGAUGAAGACCUCGAAAGCAACGUUUACGAAAUACUCCAAAAAUACCCUCGAACUGCUACCGAUUCCAUUCAUGAACUCAAAGAAGAAUAUCCUGAUACCAAGGAAUACAAUAAAUUGAAACCAAAUGGGCAAUUCAACAUGCCUGUGUCAAAAUACAUCGAUCAAGAUGGCCAACUAGAUCGUAAAUCGUUACGCAAGUAUCUUUCAAUCCGGAUACAUAAGUCUCUUAAAAAAGGAGAUUACAAAAUCGAUAACUUGCAUUACAAAACGAACAUAGAAGCUUUUCUCGAAGACGAUUCAAUCCUGCCAGUGAUCGUUAAUGAUACACAUUUCGCCAAAUUUCUUGCUAAGCUAUUUCCCAAAGAUAAGAUCGAAGAAGUAACCAAUGAAGAUUUGAAAGCAUUCGACGAAAUAUCAGAUUUCGUUGAAUCGGUAAUCGUUGAGCAGUUUAUUAAAUAUCUCAAAGAUGAAAAAAAAUCUAAGAAGAAACAGGAAAAAAAGUCCAAGAAGAAAAACCAUAAAAAAUCUGAAAAAUCUGAUGAAAAAGCUGCAUUUGCUAUAUUGUUUAAAGAUUUCAAUUCAAUAAACGAUUACAAAAUGUUAAACGAACACUGGAGCACCAAGACCACUGAUGUGCGUUUAGUAAAGAAAAAAAAUGGCUCGAUUGAUUUAGAUUGGAAAAAUGAAAAAAAUGGAAAUCAGGUAGUACUGAGCAAACAAAGUGAUGGCACCAUCAAGCAAACUUGGCAAUUCGGUACCAAAGCUACCAUCGAAUUGGAGGUCGGUAGUAAUGGUUCAAUUAAGCAAAGCUGGAAAAUAGGCGAUAAGACAUAUAAAUACACGAAAUCGGACAAAAAGGUCAACUUUUCAGGUGAUGUGAACAAAAAAGACUUGGCUAUUUACAAACACAAGAUUAGGACCUGGUGUGAAAAAAAUCAAAAAUUAUUCAUCGCAAAUGACUGCAUUAUUUUCAAUAAAGCAUAAAAACUCAUGUAGGUACUCUAAAUGACAAAUAAAUUUUUAAAAACAUUAAAAUUAAAUUUUUCCAGAAAAAAAAUCAAAAUCAUAAAAAUGUAGGUACCUACCUACGUACUAAAAAAUGAAAACAGAACUGCCGUAAAUAAAUUCGAAGACUGGAAAUUAAAUAAAAAAUUCUGGAAAUAUAACCAAAAAUGGAAAAUAAAAGUGAAACUAAGAAAAAAAAUGAAACUGAAACUAUGAAAAUUAAAAUUGAAGAUUUUGAACAUUAAAUCAAAAACAUGAAACCAUGCAAACUAAAAAUUUUGAAAAUGACAUUGAAAAUUCUGAACAUUGAAUCGAAGUAAUGAAAAUAAAACUGGAAACUCUGAAAAUGAAUUUGAAAACUGAAUAUAAAAUCAAAACCAGAAAAUAAGAUCAAACAUUGGCAAUUAAAUCAAAAAAUCUUAAUACUGAA